GCUAAAAUGUCGUAAAUCGUAAUUCGACAUCGACAUUCGAGUUUUGUCUGUCGUGUAUCGACAGAGGACGGUAUUUGUGAAUUUUGAUUUCGUAAGUUGAGUGUGAUGUUGAGGGUGCAUAAAAUAAAUCUCAAUCAAAAUAAUAUUAACUAAUAAACCGUUUGUGAAUACCGCAUUGAUAAGUGAGUGCACAAAACGAUAGUACAAAUGAAUAAUUUAAAAUCGCCACAGCACAGCCGCGACGAUCUCCUCAGCUCACAAUCGUCCGAUGAGAAGAUGGACACAGGUUCGGAGUCGAUUCAAUCGCAGGGCACGCCCAAUUCCAACUCGUCAGACUUCGAAGAUCGAGAUGCAGAAGUCCUAAGACUUCAGAACCCGUACGUCCAACGAUCAGACCCUUUAGACAACAGAGUACAAGAACUGUCUGAUAGUUUACUGAACAGAAUGUCCGAAUUGAGUAUAAAUUCUCCCGACAGCAGGCCGAGAAAUCUUAAAAUAAGUCCGCCAAAACUCAGUUCGACGCUUACACUAACAACGAACCAUCCCCUAAUGGGUUUAGGCAGUCCGGAUGACAAUUAUCCAGAUUUAAUACCGAAAAACAGUCACAAAAGGGAAGAAAAAGACCUUAGUCUAUCAUCUAUAGAGGGUGAUAAAGCUGACAUUAACGGUUACGACUUCUACAGCCCGCAACGAAACACGUCUAAAAGUAAUCUAUAUAUUUCGGACAAUUAUGUGACGGCUGAAAGUCAUAUAUUAACAGACUCUUUGAAUUAUUCCAACGGGCCAAGAAGGAAAAUUAUUCCGAGGUUGUCAGAAACGCCUGGUAAAGAGGGGGUGGUGGAAAAUCGUGGUAUGUCUAGUGAAAGGGUGACAAUACAAAGCACGCCAAAGUAUAAAAUUGAUAUGCCGGAGAGCGGGAGUUUUCAUUCUGGGGCAACAGAGUGGUGUGAUUCGCCGUCAAAUCUCCGUUCAAUGCCCAAUUUCGACUUACCUAUUGAAAUGUCAAGCACUAUUGGAGUACAAAAUAAUCUAGACUCGCCAGACAUAAUAUCAUCAACGCAAGACGAUAAAUCGGCGUACCAAGCCCUACUUGAUCCCUAUACAGGGUCUGUAGCGCUUCGCCCCACGGCCCCGAGGAUCUCGGGCUCGCCUAGACGGAAGAUACAAGUGCCACCAGACGAAGACAGUUGCAGUCUGGACAGCGUGUCUGGUUGUUCGCUGGAGUCUGAAGAUGAACCGGUGAUGCCGGAACCUGUGGACUUUCCAAGCGAACAGGAGGACUCGAAAAGAUCGAAAUCAACAGCCACAGCGAGUGAAUGUAGCGAUCCGAUACCGGAAUAUUCCGCGGCGGAGGAAUUUCGCGAUGAACGGUCGUGGCUUCACGUGAAACAUAGCGGGGGACAGGCCACUUGUGAUAUGAAGGUAAUAGAGCCCUUCAAGCGUGUGAUAUCACACGGGGGCUACUGUAGUGACGGUGCCGCCAUAAUUGUGUUCAGCGCUUGCCACUUGCCUGAUAACGGCCGGCCGGAUUAUCGCUACGUUAUGGAUAAUUUGUUUUUAUACGUGAUCUGGAGUCUGGAACGUCUGGUGACAGACGAAUACCGGCUCGUGUAUUUACACGGCAGUGCGGGUAGACGGAGAAUGCCGAGCUUCACGUGGUUGCACGAGUGUUACAAGCUUAUUGAUCGGCGGCUUCGGAAAAGUGUAAAGGAACUGUACUUGGUGCAUCCCACCUUCUGGCUUAAGUCUUUCGUCGUUAUCACUAAACCGUUUGUUAGUUCAAAAUUCUUCCGCAAGUUGAACUACGUGAAGACUCUCAAGGAGCUAUUGGAGAAAGUUCCCGUCGAACCGAACGCCAUUCCAGAUAUAGUGAAACAUUUUGACGCACAUAAACGAUAAAUAGCAGUAAAAUCAAUAGAAAAUCACAAGAAAACUCUAUGGAAAAGUGCUUUUUUUUAAAGCGAUAAUAUAUGUUUGGAUAAUGAAGAAAUUUUUGAGAAAAGUACGAAGAAACAGCGGUAGAUGGCGCUUUAUUAAAGGUGCAAAUGAAAUCUCAAAAUAAGCGCUUUUUCAAAAGCCCUAAUAUAUAUUUGAAUAAUAAUAGGGCUUUUGAAAUAUCUCAAAAAUUUUCUAAAAAACAAUGUUAGAUUGCGCUUUUUUGCACUAAAAAAACUGUUCGACGAAAAAUUAAAUUAACAAGAAAUUUCUGGGGAAAGUUAAAACCGUUAAGUAGCGCUUUUAUAAAUGAAGAAACAUUCCCGAAAGAUUGGAAUUUAAUGUGUUUUUGUAUAGAAAUGGUGUUGUAAUAAAAAAUUAUGUCUUUAACAUCAAUGGGUUGCUAAUAUUGAAGUAAUGCAAACAACUAGACUCACACUCAACUAUUAAAAGGUCAAAAAUGUCCAAGUUGUAUAAAAAUGCAUUGAAAUUAACACCUUAUUUCUUAGUAGUAAUGUUAAAAGUCUAUUGAACAGUUCAUAAAACUGCCUACACGUGGAGGCAGUUUUGCCUUUAUUAUGUAUUUGGUCCGAAGCAAAACUGCCUGCACGUGUGAGCAGUUUCGCUUUGCUUAGUUUUAUGAGCUACUAGCUGUUGCCCGCAGCUUCGCCUGCGUGGAAAAGAUAAAUAAACGUGAUACAAAUUUUCAUCCCCUAUUUUAUCCCCUUGGGGGUAGAAUUGAUC